UCGUCAUCGAACCAAUUUCAUGCAUAGUUUAGUUGGAUAUUCUCUAGCCUGUUACAUUCUUCAACUUAAAGACAGACACAAUGGGAACAUUUUAUUAAAAAGAGAUGGCCAUCUUGUUCAUAUUGAUUUUGGAUUUUUCUUAGGAAAUGCUCCAGGAAAAGGAAUAGAAAUUGAAAAUAAAGUUCCCUUUAAAUUUUUAAAUGAAUAUAUUGAAAUACUAGGUGGUGUUUCAAGUGAUUUAUUUGAAAAAUUCAGAGAACUAUUCUAUAAAGGCUUUAUGGCACUUAGAAAACAUCAUAAUAGAAUUUUAUUACUUGUUAAAAUGAUGUAAUUCAAUUAUAAAUCAAUUUUAAGGUAUUCAGGACAUAAAAACUCUAUGCCUUGCUUUAAAAGAGGAGAUAAAACUAUCACUUAAUUAGAGGAAAGAUUUAUUUUAUAUGAAAAUGAUAAUCAAAAAUUAAAUGUCAUCUGCUAAAAGUAUAAUAUAAUUUAUAUUCAAGUAUCAUUAAUUCAUCCAUUGAUAAUUGGAGAGCAAAAUGGUAUGAUAAAUACCAAUAUUAUGUACAAGGAAUCUUUUAUUGA